AUGACAAAGGCUGCAAAUCAAGUGUACACCAUUCAACAGCUUAGUCCAGAACAAGUUAACAUUGUCAAGGCUUCAGUUCCAAUAUUGAAAGCUCUGGGUCAGGAACUCACCAAGAACUUUUAUCAGAAAAUGCUCUCCAGUUAUCCUGAAGUAAAGCCGUUUUUCAAUGAAUCUGAUCAAAAACUGUUACGUCAACCCAAAAUUCUUGCAUUUGCAUUGUUGAAAUAUGCCGAAAAUAUUGAAAAUUUGGAACCCUUGACUGGGUUUGUUCAGCAAAUUGUCACGAAACAUGUGGGACUCCAGGUCAAACCAGAACACUAUCCAAUUGUUGGAACUUGUCUUCUCAACACCAUGGAAAAUAUGUUGGGAGAAUUAGCGACACCUGAAUUUCUUCAAGCAUGGGCAACUGCCUAUGGAAACUUGGCUCGGUUGUUGAUCAACGCCGAGGAUACUUGUUACCAGAAACAACCUUGGAACGGGUUCAAGGAAUUCACCAUUGAAAAAAUACAAAAUGAAGCAAGCGAUGUGAAAUCAGUCUAUUUUUCACCAACCGAUAAAAGUGCAAUUGCAACUCCUCAGAGAGGUCAGUAUGUCUGUAUUCGUUGGAAACUUCCAGGGCUGGAGUUUGAAAAGAGUAGAGAGUAUUCUCUUUCUGAAUUUCCAACAGAAAACCAUUAUCGAAUUUCCGUCCGCAAGCUUGAAGGUGGACAGAUUUCCAGCCAUAUUCAUGAACAACUUAAAGUCGGUGACAAAAUCAGAGUAGCUUCACCAGGUGGUAGCUUUACUUAUCAUGAAAAUGACCCAAGUGUGGAAAUGUUGGUUUACGUUGGAGGCAUUGGAAUUACACCACUUGUCAGUAUUAUUGAGCAAGCUCUUUCCAAGGGUCGCAAAGUGAAAAUGUACAAUUCAAAUAGGUCUGAGAGUCAUCGUCCGUUUGGAGAAUGGCUCUCUCAAUUGGCUGCAAAAUACCCAAAUUUUACGGUUACUGAUUUUUACUCAGAUGCUGAAAAUUCCAAUCGUCUUCAAAGCAGUGACUUUGAUUUCAUCGUACCAAACCAAAAAUACGAUGUCUACCUUCUCGGACCAAGCGGCUACAUGCAUUUUGUCAAUGACGAACUCGCAAAAAGAGGAAGUGUAAAUUUCAACAUCUACUCAGAAACCUUCGGGCCAACCGAAGUAUGA